AUGGGUGUGAGUCACGACAACGACCACCAGUCGUGUGCGGACGGCCUCCACAUCAUGUCGGGAGAGUGGGUCAAAGGUCAGAACCUGGGCGACGUUUCCUGGUCCGGCUGUAGCCGUGACGACGUGGAGAAGUUCCUCCGGUAAACCAGCCUCCUCUUCCUCCUCUUUCUUCCUCCCUCUCACCCUGAUAAUUAAUCAUUUCAUUCAUUUCAUUUCAUUAAUUGGAUGUCAGUUUGACCAACUUAAACGUUAAAAUAACGUUUAUAUAUUUAUUAAUUUCAUAAAGGUUAUUUGAAGUCCAUUGUCACUACCCCGUGUCAUCCAUUUCACAGAGAACAGGACGCCCUUUUCGUGCAUACUUCAAUGUUUCACUCCUCUCCCCCCCCCCCAGUGACAGUAUGCAUGCAUGUCUAAAGAAUUGUUUACAACAUCAACAACAGCCACAGGAGUCAUGCUGUGGAGGAAUGCAGUUUGACGUUUAUUGUCAUGAAUCUUGCCCUGGAGGCAGAACUGUGCGAUUUUCACUAGAUCGGCCAGCUGCAAAGUCAAAAUUGGCUAUACCGAAAACAAUUCAUGAAAACGAAAAUUAGCUUUUUUAGUCUUCAUUUAAGAUUCACGACAAUAAAAGCCAACCUGCUGGAGGAAUGAGGGAUUGAAUGAGACAGCUGAAAGCUGUGGAGGAAUGAGGGGUUGAAUGAGACAGCUGAAAGCUGUGGAUGAUUAGUUGACCAUAGUACAGUAGUAAAGUACAGCCAGUGCAGCUGGGAAUUUGGCCAGGGCCCGUACUCACAAAGUGUCUCAGAGUAGCAGUGCUGAUCUAGGAUCAGUGUUUGGCUUUUAGAUCAUAAUUAAUAAGAUUAUAUCGACAGGGGGAACCUGAUUGUAGAUCAGAACUCCUACUCUGAGACGCUUUAUGAAUACAGACCUGGGUUCAAAUAGUAUUUGCCAUAAUGACGUGAAAUGCCCUCAAUAGGAAGCCAUAGUGACGUGAAAUGCCCUCAAUAGGAAGCCAUAGUGACGUGAAGUGCCCUCAAUAGGAAGCCAUAAUGACGUGAAAUGCCCUCAAUAGGAAGCCAUAGUGAUGUAAAAUGCCCUCAAUAGGAAGCCAUAAUGACGUGAAAUGCCCUCAAUAGGAAGCCAUAGUGACGUGAAGUGCCCUCAAUAGGAAGCCAUAAUGACGUGAAAUGCCCUCAAUAGGAAGCCAUAGUGACGUGAAGUGCCCUCAAUAGGAAGCCAUAAUGACGUGAAAUGCCCUCAAUAGCAAGCCAUAGUGAUGUAAAAUGCCCUCAAUCGGAAGUCACUACUUUUCCAGGUUAGCGGAGAGUGACUCAAUAGAGAACGUUCCUGUGUGUGUGUGUGUGUGUGUGUGUGUGUGUGUGUGUGUGUGUGUGUGUGUGUGUGUGUGUGUGUGUGUGUGUGUGUGCAUGCACGCGUGUGUGUCGUAGGUCCAAGGCCAGUAGUUGUCUCCUCCAGACCGACCCGCUGAGCUUGAACUCAGUGAUCCUGCCAUUCAAACACCCAGGGAUGACCUACACGGCAGAUGAACAGUGUCAGAUCCUCUUCGGCGCCACCGCCUCCCACUGUCAGAACAUGCAGGUGAGUGGAAGCACUGGGAAAUGA